AAGCAAGUGGCUUGGGAGGGCACUCGGCAUUCGCUCUUCGCUUCUCAAUCGCGAUCAUCGACAGGGCUCGAGUUCCAAGCAAAAUUUGCAAAAGUCAAGGUUGAAAAUGGAGAUCGGAAGUUGGAUUUGGAUUUUCGCCGUCUGCACUUUUUCUGCUUCUGCCCAGACUUGGGAGGAAAAAAUAGAGAAAAUUAACUCGACCGACUGCUGGAAUUAUGGAACAAAUCGAUCAAUUUUUGAAGCUCCAGGCGUUCAAAAUUUCAAUGACUGCGGCCGAUGGAACGAAAGUCAUGGAAACCCUCCGUGGGUUGUUUUCCUCAAAACGGUUGAUGACAGAUGGGAUUAUGGAGUUCUUGUAUCAGACAAAACAAUCAUCACUUACUAUGGGUACUAUUUACACAAAGCGCAUAAAGAAGGGGAAAAAAUUGAACUUUAUGCUGGCAAAUGUGAAGACGAAGAUGAUAAUGAUAAACAAAAGUGCUUCGAGGAAAAAGGUUUAUUGCAGAAUAAAAAGAUUUUGGACCUAAAGAAGGUAAAAUUGAAGCACGGCAGAUUUUAUUCCAAGAUGAUCUUCGUUUGCCAAAUUGAAAAAUUGGAUUUGACACCGAAUUUGCAGCCUGCCUGUUUAUGGAAUUGGGACAACAGGAAUGACGAACACGAACAUUUUUAUGGUAUCAAUAAUUGGCAUCGUAGAAAAUUAGAUUUCCUACCAGAGCAAAGGUGUUAUAGUGAGGAAAAGAUUGAAAAAAGGAUCUGCGACCUCUACGGGAAUUCAAUCUGCACAUCAAAAAAUUGGACACCAUAUUUAUUUAUUGAGCGAGAAAAACGAUUUUAUCUACGCGCAAUGAGGACCGCCCCUUCGCAUAGAACCACUAGAGCCUCAACGUGGCAGGAUUUGUUGCCGUUUUUUAGUGAAAUCACUUCAGCGUCCGUCGAUUUAUCUUCCAUGCCAAAAAUACCCAAAGCAAAAUCCAAAAAAGAUUUUGGCCCAAACUAAAGUUUUGCAAACUGCGGACGCCGAUCGGGCGAACGUCGCCGAAAAAGAGAAACCGGAGAGGCGCUGGGAAACCCUUAAUUGUCAGAAAAAAAGACAUCCGAAAUUUUUUUUCAGCAUUUGUCCGAAAAUUAUUCAUCUGAAAUUAUUUAUCAGAAAACGCUUUUGCUUGCGCACAGGUGUUUAAGUCUUGGUUUAUGUGAAGUGGACUAAAAUCUAAACUUAUUGAUAGCAAAAAUGUUAUUAUUUCUUGAUUCUGAUUUUGUGAGCAGAAAAGCCUUCAUAAGAUGUGAAAAUAAAAAUUGAUUUUAUUUAGCAUUC